AUGGAUCUGGAGAGCUCCGGCGAUCACGCCUCGCUAGAAAGCAUCAAGCCAUCGUCGUGUUCCAUUGCCCAUGGAAGCGCUGCCCGCUAUAUCUAUGGGAUUAUUUUCAUGCUCACCACUCUCAUCGCCUGGGUGGUGCGAGACUACAGCCACAGGGCUCUCUCCGAGCUUCAUUAUUUGGAGGGUUGCCUUGGAGGCCACAACUGUCUUGGAUCGGAAGGUGUUCUUCGCAUCAGUUUUGGCUGCUUUGUGUUCUUCCUCGUCAUGUUUGUGACAACCGUUGGAACAACACGUCUGUAUGGAGCGCGAGAUGCUUGGCACAACGGAUGGUGGCCUGCCAAAGGCGUUAUGUGGGUGAUUCUCAUGGUGCUACCCUUCCUUGUUCCUCCAUCGUUUAUCCACAUCUAUGGAGAAGUGGCACGCUAUGGAGCUGGGAUUUUCCUUCUUAUCCAGCUUCUGAGCGUUAUCAAUUUCAUAUACUGGUGGAACGAAGAGUGGCUCUCCGAGGAGAAAUGCAAGGCUCCCAUGCUUGUGGUUGCUUUUGUCAGCUUUGGAGCCUCGAUCGUUGCCACAACGUACAUGAGCCUGUGGUUUGCUCCACAUAUAUCUUGCACGCUCAACAUCUUUUUCACUUCCUGGACGGCCAUUCUCAUCAAUGUCAUGACCGCUAUUUCUCUCCACUCCAAGGUGAAUGCUGGACUGAUGACCUCGGGGUUAAUGUCGGUUUAUCUGUGCUUUCUCUGCUGGUCAGCCAUAAUGAGUGAGCCAUUGUCCGAGGCAUGCAACACAAGACCGAGGCAAACCGGGAAGAGCGACUGGUUAACUCUGUUGAGUUUCGUGAUUGCCUUAGCGGCGAUUGUGAUGGCUGCGUAUUCCACCGGGACAGACUCACAAACAUUUUGUCUGCCCAAGAAAAGCUUCGAGCUUGACGACGAAGUGCCUUACGGCUAUGGCUUCUUCCACCUCGUCUUUGCUCUCGGCUCCAUGUACUUCGCCAUGCUUUUCAUCGGCUGGAACCUCCAUCAAACAAUGCACAAAUACAGCAUCGAUGUUGGCUGGGCCAGCGUGUGGGUGAAGAUCGCAAACGAAUGGGCAGCAGCAGCGAUUUACAUUUGGACGAUGAUCGGGCGAUUUGUCCUGAGAAACAGAGAGUUCCCAUGAAAUUUCUUUGGAUUGCCCAGACAACAAUAAAAGUGCUUACUGUGUC